AUGCAUAUUUUCAUCGUGUAUUUUGUAUUUUUUACAUUUCCAUUAUUAAUCUAUGCACAGACAGCGGUUGAAUCAAAUACUUCAGUGUUCGAAACAACAUGGUUUUGGCCAUUGAUAGGUCUCUUUAUAGGAAUAGCGCUUAGUGUACCAAUAAUAAUAAUACUGAUUAUAAUAUUUUGUAGUGGUAAAAAAGAGUUAGACGAUUCCGAUGAAUCUAGUAUCAGUUCAUCAUCAUCGUCACCACCAACAUCUGUUCUUCGUCAAUUGCAACGAAAUCGUUCUCGUCAUCCAUUUUCACAUUAUGUUGAAAGUUAUCCAACUCCACCACCGCCGUAUGCAAGCGAUGAAACUACAUCUGUUGCGUCUAGUCUUCCUCCAUCAUACGAAUCUGUACCUACGAAUAUAGAUCCUACAACAACAAUAACAACAGCAACCGUAAUCGAUGUUGAACCAACCGAAAAUAUUGACUAUGAGUCAACGUCAACGAAUAUAAGUCUUUCCCCAGAAUCAUCUAUUUCGUCGAUUCAAACAUUUGCAGUUUGA